AUGAUUUCCGACUUAUACGAAUCGCGCAAGGAUGAGCCAUCAAUAAUUGUAUACCUUCGACGUCUUGUAACAGUUCUAUUGUUAAUAUUACUAGCAGCGCUGUUUAUAAUAUUAUGUCUUGAAGUGUAUAAUGACAUACCUAGCGUCAAAAUCGCACAAAACCCCUAUGAGCGUAUAACCGUUCCAA